GGACACUUCUGCUUCCGGGUCACUCUCCGGAUCCACCCUCUCCUCUUUCCACCCGGCUUCCAAAAGGCUCAGGAAUGCCCUCGUGUUUCGAGUCAGUGGCGUUGUAGAGAAGAAGGGCAAGCCGGCUUAGGAAAAGCACAGACGACGCCCUAAGACGCCACGCGGGCCCAGCUCGCUGGGGUUAGCGGCGAGCUGAAGCAGAACAAAAUACUCUUCCCAUCAUGCCAGGAGGCAGCUCCGACCUUUGCAUCCUAGGAGUUGUAGUCCUCCCGCCGCUCGCACCCAACGGCAACCUCAGUGUGUGGACUCUGUUACCCAGAAGGCAUUGCACAGCUCCCGAAGCAGGAAUUCCUUGGGUAGUCGGACUUGCAAUUAGCGGAACUUGUUGGUGUUUCCCUGAAGGCUCAUCGGGGCUGCACGCGGCUAGUUGCUAAGCAAAAGAAUCUUUGGUCAACUGCCACCUGAGUCAAAGCAACAGGAAGCUUACAGCCCUCAAACUUCAAUCUAACUGCAGCCCUGCAUCAUGCCUCAUAUUGACAAUGAUGUGAAACUGGACUUUAAAGAUGUCCUGUUGAGGCCCAAACGCAGCACCCUGAAGUCUCGAAGUGAGGUAGAUCUCACAAGGUCCUUCUCAUUCCGCAACUCAAAGCAGACAUACAAUGGCAUCCCCAUUAUUGCUGCCAAUAUGGAUACCGUGGGGACUUUUGAAAUGGCAAAGGUUCUCUGUAAGUUCUCCCUUUUCACUGCCGUCCAUAAGCACUACAGCGUCCACCAGUGGCAAGAGUUUGCUGGCCAGAACCCUGACUGUCUUGAGCAUCUAGCCGCCAGCUCUGGCACAGCUGCUGCUGACUUUGAACAGCUGGAACAGAUCCUGGAAGCUAUUCCCCAAGUGAAAUACAUAUGCUUGGAUGUGGCUAAUGGCUACUCUGAACACUUUGUUCAAUUUGUAAAGGAUGUACGGAGGCGCUUCCCCCAACACACCAUCAUGGCAGGAAAUGUGGUAACAGGAGAGAUGGUAGAAGAGCUAAUCCUCUCUGGGGCUGACAUCAUCAAAGUGGGAAUUGGUCCUGGCUCUGUUUGUACAACUCGGAAGAAAACUGGAGUGGGGUAUCCGCAGCUCAGCGCAGUGAUGGAGUGUGCAGAUGCUGCUCAUGGCCUCAGAGGCCAUAUCAUUUCAGACGGAGGCUGCAGCUGUCCUGGGGAUGUGGCAAAGGCUUUUGGGGCAGGGGCUGACUUUGUGAUGCUGGGUGGCAUGCUGGCUGGGCACAGUGAAUCAGGUGGUGAACUCAUUGAAAGGGACGGCAAGAAGUACAAGCUCUUCUAUGGAAUGAGUUCUGAAAUGGCCAUGAAGAAAUAUUCAGGAGGUGUGGCUGAUUACAGGGCCUCAGAGGGAAAGACAGUAGAAGUUCCUUUUAAAGGGGAUGUGGAACAUACUAUUCGCGACAUCCUAGGAGGCAUCCGGUCUACAUGCACAUAUGUAGGCGCUGCUAAACUGAAGGAGUUGAGUCGGAGAACUACCUUUAUCCGAGUCACCCAGCAAGUGAAUCCAAUCUUCAGUGAUUCUCGAUAACCUGACAAGUCUACUUUCCCAAGGCCAACACUCUGCCACUGGGGCCUUAAGGCCUUCUCUCUCAUUCCAGCUACCGUGGCUGUGUGUUACUUAAUUCAGCUCCUGUCACCUCACUCCUGAGUGCUCCUGUAGUCACUGCGCUUCCUGCACACACAAAAUGCUAAGGGAACUCACUGGGGAGGAGGCAAAAAAGAAGACAUAAGGUCAACAAAUGGGAAUCCGGGGACAGCAUUCUGAAGACUAGGAGGAAAAGAUGCUGACUGAUACAUAAAUGACAAGCCUUGGUCUGGAAAAAGAAGGCUUUUGGAAUCAUGUUAUUUGGCUUCAUUAAAUGAGAUCAUCAAA